CGAGUUUGGUGUAAGGAGGGUUUACGCUAAGAACCCCAGGAACUCCGCACCAGACGUGGCCGGGGUUACGGGCGGUGUUGCCGGGACCCGCGCAGAGAAUAAUUAUGGCAGAGCUUUCUGAGACAGAAGGGCCAGUAGAUUGGAAAGAACGUUGUGUAGCCCUGGAGUCCCAGCUCAUGAAAUUUAGAGUUCAAGCAAGCAAGAUACGAGAGCUCUUAGCAGAGAAGAUGCAACAGCUUGAGAGACAAGUUAUUGAUGCUGAGCGUCAAGCAGAAAAAGCUUUUCAACAGGUACAAGUUAUGGAAGAGAAGUUAAAAGCAGCUAAUAUUCAAACCAGUGAAUCAGAGACAAGGUUGUAUAAAAAGUGUCAAGAUCUGGAAACUCUAAUACAGGAAAAAGAAGACAUCAUUCAAAACUUGGAACUGCAACUUGAAGAGCAGAAACAAAUAAGGAUUCAAGAAGCUAAAAUAAUAGAAGAGAAAGCAGCUAAGAUCAAAGAGUGGGUAACAGUUAAGUUGAAUGAGUUGGAAUUGGAGAAUCAGAAUCUUCGUUUGAUCAACCAAAACCAAACUGAAGAGAUAAAAACAAUACAGUCGAAACUACAAGAAGUUCAAGGAAAGAAGUCAGUUGUUUCCACACCAAAGCUUUCAGAAGGCCAGCGUCUGAGCAGUCUGACCUUUGGGUGCUUUUUGUCCCGAGCAAGGAGUCCUCCUCAAGUUGUAAAAUCUGAGGAAACGAGCAAGAUAUCAUCUAAAGAACCUGAGUUCACGGAAGGAAAAGACAUAGAAGAGAUGGAAAUUCCAGAAAAAUCUGUUGAUAACCAAAUUCAAGAAAACAACCGAGGUCAGAGAACACUGCAUCAAGGCCCCUGCAUGUCAGAGCAGACACGUAAAACAAGGACGAGCUUUGUGAUGGAUGGUGGUGCAUCCCAGAACUCUGGGGCUCCUGGGAGUGACUGGAGUUCCGAUGAGGAAGAUGGGAGCAAAGGAAGAUCCAAGUCCAGGUACACGUCUACGCUUUCCAGCCACACGUCAGAGGAGGGGGUCCAAAGUAGCAGGGUGGGCAGUGAGACGUAUCUCACAGCCUCUGACGACAGCAGUUCAGUAUUUGAAGAAGAGACCUUUGGCAUAAAGAGACCAGAACACAAGAAGCUGUAUUCUUGGCAACAGGAGGCACAGUGGAAGGCUCAGAAUUGUCCUCUCGGAAAGGGAAAUUCCGGAUCAAGGAAAAAGGAGCGUGAUAGUUCCUCAGACGAACUCAAUAAAAAAUUUCAGUCUCAGAGGUUGGAUUAUUCGUCUUCCUCGAGUGAAGCCAACACCCCAAGCCCUAUUCUGACCCCAGCUUUGAGUCCAAAGCAUCCUAACCCACUCCUUGGAAAAGGCACCGAACCAGGACCUUCCUCAACUCUGCCACCCCCCAAAUUAAGGAUUCCUAAUAUUUUCAGCUUAAGCAUUGCACUAGCCAAAAGGCACCUAAGCCAGCCACAGUUAAGUUCCGACAGGAUGUUUGGCACAAACAGAAACGCUAUAAGCAUGAUACGUCCACUGAGACCUCAGGAAACAGAUCUUGAUCUAGUUGAUGGCGACAAUACAGAAAUUUUAGAGACCAUGGACACUAAUUGUGAUGAUGGAUUAUUUUCCUAUGACUGCUUGGAAUCCCCAUGUUCAGAGGACCAGGAAGCCUGCGAUUCAGCAAAGAAGGCAGCCUGUGGCAAACCUCCAACUCCACCUCUGCACCGGUUUCCCUCUUGGGAAAGCAGAAUUUAUGCUGUAGCCAAAUCAGGCAUUCGAAUGUCUGAGGCCUUCAAUAUGGAGAAUGUUCAUAAAAAUUCUGUUGCAAUGCUUUCCUACACCACAUCAGGACUUUAUACAUCUCUGAUAUACAAGAACAUGACAACCCCAGUGUAUACAACAUUGAAGGGGAAGGCGACCCAGAUAAGCAGCAGCCCGUUCCUGGACGACUCCUCUGGGUCAGAAGAAGAAGACAGUUCAAGAUCCAGCUCCCGGACCUCGGAAUCAGACUCUCGCAGUCGGAGUGGGCCAGGCAGCCCCAGAGCCUUGAAGCGAGGUGUGUCUCUCUCUUCUGUGGCCUCUGAAAGUGAUUAUGCUAUUCCCCCAGAUGCUUACUCCACAGACUUGGAGUACUCACAGCCAGAGCAGAAGCUCCUGAAAACUUGCUCAUCUUCCAGUGAUAAUGGGAAAAAUGAACCACUGGAAAAAUCUGGCUACUUAUUAAAAAUGAGUGGUAAAGUCAAGACUUGGAAGCGGAGAUGGUUUGUUCUUAAAGGUGGUGAAUUACUUUACUACAAAUCUCCGAGUGAUGUAAUCAGAAAACCACAGGGCCAUAUUGAACUUAGUGCAUCCUGCAGCAUUUUAAGAGGAGAUAACAAGCAAACAGUUCAGUUGACCACUGAAAAACACACAUACUAUCUGACUGCAGAUUCCCCCAAUAUAUUGGAGGAAUGGAUUAAAGUGUUACAAAACGUUCUUCGAGUACAAGCUGCCAACCCCCUUUUCCUGCAACCUGAGGGCAAACCAACGGUGAAGGGAUUGCUCACCAAGGUAAAACAUGGUUAUUCCAAGAGAGUCUGGUGUAAACUUAUAGGAAAAACAUUAUAUUAUUUUCGUAGUCAAGAAGAUAAGUUUCCUUUAGGUCAGAUCAAACUCUGGGAGGCUAAAGUUGAAGAGGUUGACAGAUCCUGCGAUUCAGAUGAAGAUUAUGAAGCCAGUGGGCGAAGCCUGUUAUCCACACAUUACACUAUUGUGGUCCAUCCCAAAGAGCAAGGUCCAACUUACCUACUAAUUGGAUCCAAGCAUGAAAAGGACACUUGGCUUUAUCACCUGACUGUUGCAGCUGGAAGUAACAAUGUGAAUGUUGGAUCUGAAUUUGAACAACUUGUUUGCAAGUUGCUAAAUAUAGAAGGGGAACCUUCCUCUCAGAUAUGGAGACACCCUACUUUGUGUCACAGCAAAGAAGGAAUCAUUUCCCCUCUGACAACACUACCUUCAGAAGCUCUACAGACAGAAGCAAUUAAAUUAUUUAAGACCUGCCAACUUUUUAUAAAUGCAGCAGUCGACUCUCCCGCAAUUGAUUACCACAUAUCUCUAGCCCAGAGUGCUUUGCAAAUCUGUCUGACACAUCCUGAGCUACAGAAUGAAAUUUGCUGUCAGCUCAUUAAACAGACAAGAUGGAGACAGCCACAGAAUCAACCAGGACCUCUGCAGGGCUGGCAACUCUUGGCGCUCUGUAUUGGGCUCUUCCUUCCCCAUCAUCCUUUCCUGUGGCUCCUCAGGCUCCAUCUAAAGAGAAAUGCAGAUUCCAGGACAGAAUUUGGAAAAUAUGCCAUUUACUGCCAGAGAUGUGUAGAAAGAACACAACAGAAUGGAGAUCGAGAAGCAAGACCCUCAAGAAUGGAGAUUCUUUCCACCCUUCUUCGAAACCCAUAUCAUCAUUCUUUGCCCUUCAGCAUCCCUGUGCACUUCAUGAAUGGAAUAUAUCAGGUAGUUGGAUUUGAUGCAUCCACCACAGUGGAAGAGUUUUUGAAUACUUUGAACCAAGAUACAGGAAUGAGGAAGCCAGCACAGUCUGGAUUUGCAUUGUUCACAGAUGAUCCUUCCGGCAGGGAUUUAGAGCAUUGUCUUCAAGGAAACAUCAAGAUUUGUGACAUUAUCUCUAAAUGGGAACAGGCUUCUAAAGAACAACAGCCUGGGAAAUGGGAAGGUACGAGAACUGUUCGUCUCACUUAUAAAAACAGAUUAUAUUUCUCAAUGCAAGUUCGAGGAGAGACUGAGAGAGAAAAGUUGCUGUUGAUGUAUCAGACAAAUGACCAAAUAGUAAAUGGACUUUUUCCUCUGAACAGGGACCUGGCAUUAGAAAUGGCAGCUCUUUUAGCUCAGGUGGAGAUUGGAGAUUUUGAAAGACCUUUUUCCACUCCAGCAGGUCAUGUUACUAAUCAGUGCAAAGCAAAUCAAACUCUAAAACAAGUCAUAGAGAAAUUUUAUCCUAAAAGGUAUAGAGAUGACUCUUCUGAAGAACAGCUAAGGCAGCUUUGCCAGCGACUGUCAACCAGAUGGAUGGCCCUCCGAGGACACAGUGCUGCUGACUGUGUGCGAAUCUAUUUGACAGUCGCCAGGAAGUGGCCAUUCUUUGGUGCCAAGUUGUUUCUUGCAAAACCCAUAACCCCAUCAUCCCUUGGAAGUACGUUCAUGUGGCUGGCUAUACAUGAGGAUGGUUUAAGCAUCUUAGAAUACAACUCCAUGAGGUUAAUAGUCAGCUAUGUAUACAAGAGUCUAAUGACCUUUGGAGGUUAUCAAGAUGAUUUUAUGGUGGUCAUUAACAAUGCACAUUCAAAAGACAAACCAACAGAGAAAUUGAUUUUUGCUAUGGCAAAACCCAAGAUUCUUGAAAUCACCCUUUUGAUCGCCAGCUACAUAAACAACUUCUACCAGCAAAAGGCGGUUCACCACCUCUCUGCUCCAGCGCUGCUCUCAGCUCAGACCCAGGGUUUCCAAGCCAGGGUGAUGGGAAGCCAGCCCCUCCUGGCAAGCAGCAGACCAACCAAAGGCCCCACUUUGCUCUGAAAGCUCAGGGGCCUAAACAUCUCCCCCUGUCCUCUAAGCAAUGGCUGCAUCAGCUCCAAAUAAGUUCAUUUACAUCCUGGCAGCAUGACACCCACACAGUAGUAGUCCAUUCUUUAAAAAUAAUGGGAGUUACUCUCUUCCAUUUGAUUCGUAAGUAUUCAAAUAAAUGCUUGUAAUAAAACUUAAACACACACACACAUAAAACCUAAACAGAUUUUCCCACAUGCUGAUUUUCUUUUAGCUUAGCUGGGUUAGAAUUUGCCGUUUUUUCCCAUCACCUUUUCCUUUGCCAUCAGACACAUCAAGCCUUUUUUUCUCUUAAAAAAAAUAUUCUAGCAAUCUUUAGAAAGGGAGAUUCAAGGGAAUUUUGCCAAACUCUCAUUUGGCAAACCAGUUGAUUAUUUGGACAUGCUCACUGCCAGAAAAUUAUGUACUAUAAUUAAAUAUGCUUUUAAUUAAUGAUACGGUGUUUAGAAAGAAGUAGAGUAUACAGUUUAAGAAGCAGCUGCUGGGUGGUGUUGAAGGGUAAGUUUUUAGUUCUAUGAAUCACUGUGUGAAAAAGCAGGCGCUAGGUAACCAGAACCUCCAAUGUGGUUUUAGAAAGUAUACCCUGUCACCUUUUCAGAUCACUGGAGUGUAAAACUUAAAAUGAAACAUUGAUUCCUGACAUUCCUUGGCUAUCAACAUAACCCAAGUUCACUGGAAUAUUGCCCACAUUUCAUUCCAUUGGUGCUGGGUCAUCUUGACCUUGCUUUGUUAAAUAAUAAUAUCUUUGAAAACAAAGAAAUUUUAAAGCUUUGCUUCACACAGUCUUUUAAAUUGUAGUUUGAAAAUAAAUUCCCCAAAAUAUUUUUUUUUAAAGAAAAGAGAAAGUAACUCUUCUUCAAAGGAGAUAAAUUUUAGUUGAGUCUAGAAACCUAUUGCUUUCCUAGGUUACAUAAAUGGUCAGUACAUUCCAGUUUGUGUCAAAAUAAAGUACUUAUUAUUAUUCAUGAUGAAAAUGAAACUGUGAUAAGACAUGAAAAUUAUAUUGUAAAAAUGUUUAAUUGAAAUAGUAAUCAGGAGUAUACUUAAUUUUAUUUAUGUGUAGAAUAUUUUUUAUUUAUAUUUUGGACAUAUAUUUAUCACUUUGUGUAUGGUAUUUUUUUAACCAGUUGGGGAAAAAAAGUUAGCUGCUGAAUUAAUUUGUUGGCGAGCCUUCUUGUUUUCUUUUUUGCUGCUUUCUCCCUGUGGCAAUGUACUGUUCUCACACUAAGCCUUUUAAAAACGUUCCAUCCUACGUCAGCAUCCUUAGAAAGAGCAGAGCCAAGAAAUACACUGAUCAAGUAAGAUUGUGCGUUAUUGGUAAUGACAAAGGUUGAAACCGCCCAGAGAAAUACAUUGCUAUUUACUGGUCCUCCUAAUCUUUUGAGCCACAGCCACUCACUGUGUAAGCAAAUUAAUUUUUGAGAAUAAACUGGUCACCAGUUUGGGAUGACUCUCAGGCACCUUUUGGCUGGGACACGGUAGAGUUUGUAAGUUCCCAGAAAACCGUUUAAUAAUCGUUAGUUGGUGAGCCAGAGGCUUGGCAGAGCUGUUACAUAUGUAUGAGGACUUUAUUCUCAGGCAGUAGUUAGUUCACCAUGUGGUAAGCCCCCCCUAAAAUCUUCUAAGUUAAAUGAAUAGUGAAGGCUUAGCUUAAAUGGUAGUACCCUAGACUUGGCAUUUAUUUUUGAUAGAGCAGAGAUAAAAUAUUUUGAUGGAAAGAAAUCAAUUUUCUGUAACUGAUGAUGUGAAAAUUUUAUUUUCUGGGAAAUUACUUUUAUAUAGCCAUUUAAAAAUUCAAAGUAUGUUAUUAUGAUUGGUUAUAAGAGAAUAAUGUUACAUGUUUAAUUGUAAUAUUUGUCUCCUAUCAUUUUCCUCCCUUUCAAUCAUAAUAAAUGAUUUACAAAACCCA